CCUAAUGAUGGGACUGAUGUAUGGGUAAUUGAUCCUAAUCAUCUGACGUUUGGAAACAAAAUUGCAUCUGGGUCAUAUGGUGACCUCUACAAAGGUACAUAUUGUAGUCAGGAAGUAGCUAUUAAAGUCCUCAAGCCUGAGUGUGUAAAUUCAGAUAUGCAGAGAGAGUUUGCACAGGUCUUUAUAAUGAGAAAAGUUCGACGUAAAAAUGUUGUACAAUUCAUUGGUACCAAGCCUCCAAGCUUGUGCAUUAUAACAGAAUAUAUGCCCGGUGGAAGUGUGUAUGACUUUUUACAUAAACAAAAGGGAGUUUUCAAGCUUCCAUCCUUGAUCAGAGUAGCAAUUGAUGUUUCCAAGGGAAUGGACUACUUGCACAAAAAUAAUAUAAUCCACCGAGAUUUGAAGGCUGCUAAUCUUUUGAUGGAUGAAAAUGAGGUUGUUAAGGUUGCUGACUUUGGGGUUGCUAGAGUAAAAACUCAAUCUGGAGUUAUGACUGCAGAAACUGGAACAUAUCGGUGGAUGGCUCCUGAGGUUAUAGAACAUAAGCCUUAUGAUCACAAGGCUGAUGUUUUUAGCUUCGUAAUUGUGUUAUGGGAGCUACUAACUGGAAAGCUUCCAUAUGAAUACUUAACCCCAUUGCAAGCAGUUGUAGGGGUGGUUCAGAAGGGUCUACGGCCUAUUAUCCCAAAGCACACUCAUCCAAAGCUUGCUGAGCUGCUUGAGAAAUGCUGGCAGCAAGAUCCAGCAUUAAGAUCAGACUUCUCUGAAAUUAUAGAGAUCCUGCAACAAACGGCAAAGGAGUUAAGUUCUUGUAAUGAAUGCAUGACAAUGCUCACGGAACAGGUUGGAGACAAGGGAGAGGGAAGGCACAAGGAGAAGUCAUCUGGAGGGUUCCUGUCUGUUCUUAGAAGGGGUCAUCACUAAUGAAGACUGAUAAUAAUUCAGUUAACAUGGACGGUAGGAUUUAUCAUGCAGACCAUUUGUCAUUCUUUACAUCAGUAUGUACAGUAUAUUGUUCAAAUGAUCAUCUUUUUCUGAUCCUUUCUGAUAUGUUUACUUCUAUCCAUUCUAUUAACCGGCCAUUCCCUUAUAGAUAUUGUUAUACCAUAUAUCAAUUUAUAAGCAGGGGUAAUGGUUUGGAGGUGAGUAGUUGUAACCAUUUACAGGUCUUCUGCGGCUUUUUAAUAAGAAAUUACUGAUGGGAAUUUUUCUUUCA